GGAGGAGGGUGGGAUGCGGGAGUGUGUCACGGAGGAGGGUGGGAUGCGGGUGUGUGUCACGGAGGAGGGUGGGAUGCGGGUGUGUGUCACGGAGGAGGGUGGGAUGCGGGUGUGUGUCACGGAGGAGGGUGGGAUGCGGGUGUGUGUCACGGAGGAGGGUGGGAUGCGGGUGUGUGUCACGGAGGAGGGUGGGAUGCGGGUGUGUGUCACGGAGGAGGGUGGGAUGCGGGUGUGUGUCACGGAGGAGGGUGGGAUGCGGGUUGCAAUGGCGGAGGAGGCGCGGAUGCAGUAACGGUAGAAGCCUCGGCGGACGGUGGUGGUGGUGCUGCUGCUGAUGAGGGAGGGGGAGGGGCCCGUGGUGGUGGUGGGGGAGGGCGCGGGAGUGGGCGGCGGAACCGGGGGCGCUCUUCGACGGCUUCUGUGGCUAAUGCGGCAAGGGGAGGGGGCGGGGCAGGGGGGGGUGGAAAGGGAAGGGGAGGGGGUUCUAGUGGUCGGGAGGCUGGGGGUGUGCCAGAGGGGGCGGACGGGUCUAGCGUGUGGGUUUUGAUGGGGUGGCGGUGCGGGGUGGUGCGGUUCUUGCGUCUGUCCAUGGAGUGA